ACACUAUGCUAUGCUCUAUGCCCAAAAACUGAAAACUGUCAAAUAGUUGAAAAUAACCUGAUCAUUUCUAUCUAUUUUAUUUAAUUAUAUCAAAAUAAUCAAACAGUCAAUUUACAUUUAGAGUAUUGAUUUAUUUUAAAACUGUAAGCUAAUACCGAAAGAGUCAUGUCGGAACAAAACGUUGCCGUUGGAUCGCCCGCCGCCUCCGCUACUGCGAUCGAGGAACGUUCGGCUAGCAUUGCUCCAGGCUCUGCAGCAUCAGCUACUUCUGAGGAGAAGGAAAAGGUGUACGGAGGCUGCGAGGGCCCCGACGCCAUGUACGUGAAGCUGGUGUCCUCCGAUGGCCACGAGUUCAUUGUGAAGCGGGAGCAUGCGCUGACCUCUGGCACGAUCAAGGCUAUGCUCAGCGGCCCCGGACAGUUUGCAGAGAAUGAGGCCAAUGAAGUCAAUUUUAGGGAGAUUCCAUCCCACGUCCUCCAAAAAGUGUGCAUGUACUUCACAUACAAGGUGCGCUACACGAACUCCUCCACCGAGAUCCCGGAGUUCCCGAUCGCGCCCGAGAUCGCCCUGGAGCUCCUCAUGGCGGCCAACUUCCUCGACUGCUGAGCUGUACAAUAAUAUCUACGCACAGUGGCGAGGCGGCAAAAAUAUCCAUCUUGCAAGCCGAAAAGGCAUUCCUGAAAAGUGUCGCUAUUUUUUAACACUACCGAUAAAGCUAGAAAGCCGAUAUUUGGCAUGAUAACUUUUGAUAACUUAGCAUUAAAAUCUGCAGGUUAUUAAGCCAUACGCGUCACAUCCUCGACACCUUUUUGUGGAAUGCCCCCUGAGUUAUACAAACUUACUUUUCCUUGUCAAAACGGGCAAGCCGAUGGGAAUUGAGUUAUGUGAACGCGUCGCCACUUGAAUAUUCAAAAUCAAUGAACUUAAUUUUCUUUCAAGAGCUAUACACGGGCAUUUUUAUUUUAUCUUUUACUUUAUAGCCCAUGAGGUUUACUUUCCGAAGUAGCCAAAAUGUAUUGACGACAUUGCUGCCUCACCACGCAUAACAGCCGUAUGUUGCAUUAGAGAUUCAUUAUAUGUAUAAUCAACCUUAUUCACAAAUCUUGUUCAAACUAGUCUUCUAAUGUAACAUACUGUACUGUUGUUACGUGGCGGUGCAUCAUAAACAGUGGUAGUUGAACAAUUUUGUAAUUAAAUACAAAUGAUUCAUUCACGCAUUAUUUAUUAAGCUAACAUAACAUAGCAGAAAUAUAAAUUCAUCAACCGAUUUUUUGGAUCUCAUAUCCUAUUUUUGUGCUAAUAGUAUUAGAAUUGUAUUUUCUUGAUCUAUUGACCGCUUUUGUCGUAUCCAAAAAUGUCACACACACGCCAACAUCAUUGGUAGUAUUGGAACAAGCUAGCAAACUCACACGAAAGAAUGAAGAUUAUCUUUUUAACGUUUAUAAUCGUUCUUGGCGCUAUGGGCCUAUUCAAGACGCAUUUAACCCUUUGACUACAACAGUCUGCCAUAGCCAAAUAAACCUUAAUACAUUAUAGUAAAGUUCACUAUUGCGUGUGAUGUUAAGAUAGUCAUGGCGGUCAAAAGGUUAAGGAUUCUUGUCACUCCGAGUCUGUAGAUAUGAUUCAAACAUGAUAUUUGUAAAAUCAAACAUAAUUAAUAAUGUAUAGUUUUGAGAAGUGCUGGACUAAAUAAAUGUAACAGAGUAAACUACUGACAAUCGUACUAUAAAUGUAAGCUACUAAAGCCACAAGGUUGUAUGAAAUGAAGCUGUCGUUCUAUUUACUUUCUUAACUCCUCUGAGGUAGAAACACAUCAGCUAUUACUAUUAUGAGUAUAUAGGCAAUUAAAUGAUUAGCCGAAGACAUCGGUAGAGGAACUAGAUAUACGGUCUACAUAACUUAUCGCGCGCUAAAUAAUUAUGCGAUGGAUUGUCAAAUGACAAUGACUUGGAGGAUAUAAUGGAGACGCCUGGUCUGUAAUUUUCUGUACAAAAUAGUGCCGAAUUUUGCGGGGGAGGGGCACGUCAAAUGUAUACGUAAGGUAAAAAUAGCAAUGUUAGAUAAACGUCAGUCCAUACAAUGUGUAUGACCAUUGGUCAUAGAGUUUCGAUAGAGAACGCCUGUUAAUGGCUACUCCGUUUAGUUAUAUCCUCUAAGGCUUCGACUGGGUUGGAAUAAAGGCCAGUUGAAAAUAAGCAUUAUGUAAAUGUCAGAAAGUAAAGAUUGUUAUUUGGAUGUCAAUCUGUAGUUGCAUUUUCUUUUGAGCUAAAUAAAAUAGUAGAUACUGACGGCUAAAAAGCAGGGACCGAAUACCGGUAUAGUUUUCAUACAAAUUAACCGGUAUUCAAUUUCAGUAUCACUGUUGUUUAUGUACCUAAUUUAUACUUAAUUUAGCAAAUGUGAUCAAUCAUUAUGCUUACCUAGAUACUAUUCUAUAAUAUCAGAGAAAUAUUGUGAAUGCUAUGAGAUAUUUCGAUUUUUUGUUAUACCGGUAACGGUCCCUGCAAAAAAGUGCGGUAUGCACCCUUUUAUCAAGAAGGGUAUUUUCUCUGUCCUCACUAAUUUAAUCAUAAUUUAGUUUUGGUAUCUUGUACAUAGCGUAUGGUUACAACUUUACAAGUAGACAUGUCCAGGAUUGUUCAUUUUAUCAAACUAAUUCUUGAAGUCUUUGCUUUGUAUUUUUGUUAAUAAAAUGUAAAUUUAAUUUGUAAA